UCACCAUCCAACACAAGACGAAAGGCACACACGCCGUAAAGCGACAGCAGAUAUAUACUGGGGCUAAAAUUAGGGACGGGUAGUGCGUAUUUCCUCCGCUUCGUACAAUUGGUCCAGCUUCCACUGCGUGAUAUUUAUAAGAUAAGGUCUUGCUCUUACUCGUACUUGCUACAUGAGUUUGAAACAUAAGUGUGUAGGAGCAGAAACCGAGUUGUAGUUCACUGCAACCAACGUUUCUUAGAGGGAUUGCGACUGGUCCCUAAACAUAAGAUUUGUGUUAUCUACUGGGACGACUGGAAAUGGCUUCAAGUGGGACGAUUUUACCCUCAAUUUCCACAUUUUCAGUGCAGAAGGAGAAAUACUGGGAAAACAGAUGGAAGGAUGAAAUAGACAGGUCCGUGCAUUCCUUCUGCCUUGCUGACAUAUCCAACAUGGACAACCUCUGCAGAUCAACAGACGACGAAGAUCUGAGCAAAUAUUUGGAUCUGGAGUUUAUUCUGGCCAACACCGCCUGUUCAGAUCUUGGGAUGGGUGUGGGAGGCGAGUACAGAAUGCAAGAGUCCCGCAACAUGUACAACACACAAGCUCCCAGCACCCAGUACGCGGUGCCCGAGAUGAACCCUUCACCACCACCGUACAGUACCAGCCUGAUGGCUGAGCUUCUGCAAUCUGAUAUCGACACCUACUGCCAGCCACCUGUGCCUACCAACAUCCAGGGAAGGUUUUUGGUCAGGUCUGCCUUCCCCACUCAGGACAUUUCGGAGUGUAUCAAAACGGAGCCGUGCAUGGACAAUUACGGACCCGUCAGGGGAAUGGUUCCCAAAGUCAAACAGGAGGGAAGCGGAGCGUGCAUGAGAUCGUACGAGCAGCCUAGGCUCGCCAACUCUCCGCAGGGCGCGGGGAGCAUGACCCCUCCGCAAAGCCCCGCGGAGCUCAUCAACACGGACUGUCAGUCGCAGCUGUGCCACGCCAUGACGUUUACGCAGGGUUACCAAGGCAACGCGGGGUUCCCCCACGCCGCGCCUCCUCAGAUGCAACUGGCAUACCCAAGCGCGCAUCACUUCAGGGUGUGUGACGACGGGCUCGGGAUGCCCAGCGCCAACCAAAGAGUGUUGCUGACCCCUCCGUCAUCCCCGCUGGAGAUGGAAGCCAAACCGAAGAGGGGGAGACGCACGUGGCCGAGGAAGAGGACGGCUUCUCACACGUGCACUUAUUCGGGAUGCGGCAAGACGUACACGAAGAGUUCCCACCUGAAGGCGCAUCACAGAACGCACACAGGCGAGAAGCCCUAUCAUUGCAGCUGGGAAGGUUGCGGUUGGAAGUUCGCCCGUUCCGACGAGCUCACCCGCCACUUCCGCAAGCACACCGGACACCGACCCUUCCAGUGUCACCUGUGCGAGCGCGCCUUCUCCAGGUCCGACCAUCUGGCUCUCCAUAUGAAGCGUCACAUGUAGGAACAUGACUCGGACAUUUGGACUAAAAGCACUGAACAAUGAGCAUCGCGGAAGACGUUCAACGCAAGCAUUUUCUAUUUAACGUGUCCAAGAAGAAUCGUGAACUGACUUGACAUGUAGUCAUACAUUAUGUAGCUGGCUCUACACUUCCAUUUUUUUUUAACAAAAAGAAACAACCAAAUGUAUUGUAUCCAAAGAGCUUUACAAAUGCCAAACAAGUUCAACUCACGUUAGGCUGGACCUGAACCUCAUGCAACUGGAACUAUAUUAUAAAAUGUGUUUUUUCUUAACAUGAUGUGCUGAACAUCACGAUAGUGCCUUGUUGUAUACAUCUCACGAGUGCCCUCUUGGCAUCUUUUAAAAUGUAUGCUAAUGUUUGACAAAAGACUAAAUAAGCUUAUGAGACAACGUUUUUCUAUUUCAAAACUGCCUUAAGUUGGCCUCAAAGCAGGCGUUAACUGAAUGUUUGAAGUCAUUUGUGCAUUUAUCUACGUAAACAUUUACAAAUCAGGGUCUUACGGUUGUUUUGUUCCUUUUUUAACGUAUUCUUACAAUUCAUGUUUUUAAAAGUGCAUUUUAGACGACAUAAGGGCUAUUUGCGAGUUCCUCUGGAGAAAACUUUCUAUGACUUGUACAUAAUUUAUACACUGUAUAUAUUGUAUUUUAUGUAUAUAUUAAACUUAAUUGAGAUAUAAA